AUUGUCAAAAAUAAGAUUAAGUGUAGCUCAUUUGAAGCUACUGAGGAUUUGGCUACUCGAAUUACUGAAGCUUGUAACUUUGUUCCUCCUAAAGAUCAGCAAGCACUUGCUCAGCACUCUGCUAAAUUGCUUUACAAAGUGCUUAUGUGGUGA